GUGCGCUCACCAGACCACAGUAUACAGUAUACCUACUGAGAGAAUGACACACAGGCGCACUUUGCCUUUCUCUCUCUAAACUGAACGGACAGAAGAAAACUGAACUAGAUAAAAUGAGCUUGAGCUGACAACCAACAGAAGAGUUUAGCAGCAUUGCUCCCUUAUAUUCUACGUUAUUCUCAAACAUUCAUACAAUGAUAUACGGAGGUUAUCUGAAACAGAUUGAGUGUCAAUGUAGCACGCGUGGACGUGGCGUGGACAGAGCACUAUAUGGCUUAGUUUGUGAAGAAAACUGUGGAUUAUAUCGCAAAGUGAAGUACUUACAGUGAAGAACCGGAGCUGACUGACGGUCAUGAGGAUAGCCUCCUGGGAAGAUAAUUUGGGUCAGCCCAAUCACUCUGUGCUGGAGAUGGAGGGGCCCCCAAACCUGUCCAGCUCCCUCUUCAAUCUCAGCAGCAGCUAUGGUGGUACGGGGGCUUUUCUUUGGCUUUAUCCAUCAGAAAAUGUCACAUGGACCACCAUGAGGCCCACAAUGCAGCCAGUUACACCUCCACGAGUGAGGGACCAAGCCUUAGCCCAGGCGGAGAUCGGGGUACUGGGACUGGUUCUAGCCCUCACUGCUCUGGGUAAUGGAUUUGUGCUGUGGGUGCUACUACGUCGAAAGAAAAAUCAUGCUCCUAUGCACCUCUUCAUGGUCAACCUGUGCGUGGCUGACCUGGUAGUGGCCUUCUUUCAGGUGUUGCCGCAGCUGGUGUGGGACAUCACCGAGCGCUUCCAUGGUCCCGAUGCUCUGUGUCGCUCUGUGAAGUAUUUGCAGAUUGUCGGGAUGUUUGCAUCCUCCUACAUGAUUGUAGCCAUGACUGUGGAUCGGCACUACGCCAUCUGUUGCCCCCUACAGGCAUAUCGUGGGGGCGCAACCUCUCGCUGGAACACCCCCAUCAUGGUUGCAUGGGGCCUGGCAUUUGUGCUCAGUUUACCACAGGUGUUUAUCUUCUCGCAGUCAGAAGUUUCCCCCGGGGUGUUUGAAUGCUGGGGCCACUUUGCGGAGCCGUGGGGUCUGAAAGCAUAUGUCACCUGGAUGACUGUGGCUGUGUUUGUAUUGCCGGCCCUAAUCAUUACGGUCUGUCAGGUUCGCAUCUUCAGAGAAAUCCAUGACAACAUCUACUUGAAGUCAGAACGGGUGGUAACUGCAGAAUUUAAGAAGAACUCAGUCUUCUUCCACUUUCCCCGGCGGGAGGGUGGCAGGGGAAGGACGAGAAAGAAAAACGAGAGAAGCAGACAGAGCAGACACAGUCAGCAAGGCGAAAUCAGUCUCAGUCAAGCUCACUGCAGCCGCCCACAUCAUGCUGGACAAGAAGAGUUCUCCUCAAACCUAUACGAUGAAUAUUCGCAGACUUUACCCUGCAGGAGCUCUGUGUGUGAACCCUGCUUUGGGCCAUGCCCCUCUUCAGACUCUUCCAUCCCAACUCACCUGCAAAACAGCCCCAACAAUCUUUCAGACCCUGCCCAUUCUCAGUCAUUAUCAGCAAAUAGCGUGUGUGCAUUGGCUGGACACACGGAGAGCUCUGGAGCUUCUGAACUGUGGCCAGAUGUGCUUCCAGAUGCUUUUCCCCCUCCGACUGAGUAUUCGCACCCGCCGCCUGUUCCGGGUGUGACAAAAGCCAUGUCUAAGACGGUGAGGAUGACUCUUGUCAUUGUGCUGGUCUACACCGUCUGCUGGUCUCCUUUCUUUAUUGUUCAGUUAUGGGCCGCCUGGGACCCCAACCCACCAAUCCAAGGGGCUGUUUUCACUAUUCUGAUGCUACUAGCCAGUCUAAACUCAUGCACUAACCCGUGGAUCUACACAGCCUUCUCCAGCAGCGUGUCCCGUGAACUGCUUGCCCUGCUGCGCUGCCAUAGAAGGUCCCCACGCCGAGGGUCCCUGCCAGACGACUCCACCGCAACGCACACAUCAACCAACACCAAGGACUCCAUAUAUUGACCCCUGGCCUGACUCUACAACAAACACACACAUACCAGCCCACCACAAACACACCACUGAAGUGAUAAACUAGACCUUGUCCCAAAUGACUCUCAAAGUUGUCCUCAGAGCCAAUUUUGGUGACGCACAAAUGCAAAAACAAUAAUCUAAAGGGUGUAUUUGAAGUUAGGAAUAUAUUUUCUAAUUAUAAAUUGAUGAAUUGGACAACAUUAGCGAGCUUGGAAACUUCAUAGACAAGCACCCUCUCUGUAAAGUGUGCUGAAAUUCGCUGUUUGGUAGAGGACUGUAUUUUUAUACGUCCUACUUUGAAGGCUGUUGGUCACAGGACUAAAUUCAGGAACAUGGCGGUUAUACAAUCUGAUCAGCAGAUACUGAUCCGUCAAUGAAGACUAAAUCACGGUAACACCUUACAGUGUGCUUGCACUAAAUAAUGCUAAGCUAAUGCACUGAUAAUGAUGAGUUAAUGUAUUAUAGAGUCCAUAUGUGUAGAGUAAUCAAUCUUUGAAUCAUAUGGAAUGAUCAGUUGUUGUCGAUUCAGUAAUCAUUAAUAAUAAAUGGUUAAGUUCUUCAAGAGUUAUAUGUUAAAGUGACAGUUCAUCCAAAAGUGAAAAUCUACUAUUAUUUAUUCAGCCUCAAGUGGGCUGCACAAUAUAUCGUUUCAGCAUUGAUAUCGCAAUGUCUGUCAGCAAUAGUCACAUCGCAAGAUUGAGUCGAGUGGGGAUUAUAGAUGACCAGAAACCACAGGUCAAAACACACAAGAUUUGUGGAGAGACUGCGGAAUUUAACCAUGAGACGAGUGAAAGUUUAUAAUCUGUGUGUGUUUUAAGGCCUGUGACUAUGUAAGCAUUUUAAUAGCGCAUAAAGAAGUUUAAUAAAGAUGAAUUUUAAUAAAUAAUUUAUAUGACGGACAACGCAAUGUAAUUUUACAUUUGAUUAUUUGAUUUCUGCAACCAAAUACUGUUAGAAUCUCCUCGGAAAACUCCCUUUUUUAGAUCAGAACGCCUAUCGGUGCACAUAUGAGCGCAAAUGCCUUUGCUAUUUAAACAGCGUGGCGCAAAAAGGACUCUUGUGCCAAGCUGAAACUAGCAAACAACAAUUGCGUCGCGCCUUGCGCCACAUUGCGCUUGGUGUAUGAUAGGGCCCUUUGUGUUUAAUAGGCCCCAUUUACACUGCCAGUUAAAUGCAACGCAAUUCAGAUUUUUUGCUCAUAUGUGACAGAUCGGAUCUGUUCUAUGACCGUGUAAACAUGAAAAAACGCAUGCAUUCAGAUAUUCAGAGAUCUGUUUCAGGCCUCCUUCAUAUGUGGAAAUAAAUCAGAUAUAAAUCGGAUAUGUGACAAUGCGACUAUCAUGUAAACAGGCUGAUCGGAUUUAUUGAGGCGUUCUGUUUUGUACAUCAUUAAACUUGUAACAAUGUUGUACUUCUCUGCGGUUUAAUCGCGUAGAAGGAAGAGCGUGUGCAGAGACGUCGACGCAGUAAACAACAACAGAGAAAACACGGAGAAGGAAAGUGGUCAGUCGCUCCCACCAGACCUGAGGUCUCUCUUGUACCCACAAAUUCCUCUGAAUGGUGGAGGACACCAUAUAUAAACCAUAGGCGCAAGCUGCGUUGACAGCCCUUUCCCCUCCUCUUCCACCUCAAAAUCAUUUUAAAGUUGGGCGAACUUCGCAUCGUGGCUAGUGUGGUGCAUGCUAAAACCUGCCUUUACGCAUGCGUGACGUCGUAAAUUGUUUAGCAAGUGUAAACACAUGAGUUGGAUAUUGGUCACAAUUAAAAGAACAUGUAAACGAACAGGCAAAAAAAUCUGACAUAGGCAACAAAUCGCAAUUGGCCAUUAAGAUCUGACAGUGUAAACAGGGCCUAAUAGACAUCUAAACAUAGACAGCUUGGCUAAAACAAGGCUAAACUUGGGCUGUCACUGAAAAUCUAAUAGACAUCUAAGAAUAGCCCAAAACUAGUCGUCAAAUAGACAGACUUUAUAUGUUUAGUCAUUCAUUUCUGUUUAUUUGAUGACUAGUCUAGUUUCUCUGACAGCCCAAAUUUAGCUUUGUUUUAGCCAAGACGACUAUAUUUAGACGUCUAUUAGACAUCUUUGAAAGACAAAAAAAAAAAACGCUUACUGGGAUUACUUUCUCUCUCUCUCUCUCUCUCUCUCUCAAAAAAAAAACUCUAGCACUAAAUUGCCUAAGCACAAACAAGUUCCUUUGUAUAACUAGCACUUCUUGUGUGUAUUACCUCUUCUUGUUGAAUUUCUGAAUGCCUCCUCAAUUGUAAGUCACUUUGGACAAAAGCGUCUGCAAAAUGACUAAAUGUAAAACCUGUAGCCAUUGACUUCCAUAGUUGGAAAACCAAAUACUAUGGUUACAGGUUUCCAGCUUUCUUUGAGAUAUCUCCGUUUGUGUUCAACAGAAGAAAGAAAGUCAAACGGGUUUGGAAUAAGUAAAAAGUUGAGUAAAUGAUGACAGAAUUUUUAGUUUUUGGUGAACUAUCCCUUUAACUCAUGAUUACCUGUGGAUUAAUACAUAUUGUUGAAUAAUACAUAUUGGUGCCACCAUAUUGUAAAGUGUUACCAAAAUCAGAAGUAACGCUCGGUGCAUUUUACAAAUGGCUGUCCAUUGAGUCACAUGAAAGCAGACUGUCUGAUGAAUAAAGAGGAAGAGGACAGGGAAGGCUUAGGAAGCAAAGGAUCAGAGGUUCACAUUGUUCUCCAUCUUUCUUUCAUGUCUCAUCCGAAUGUUUUCAUUGAUUAUUGUCACGGAAUUAUAUCAGACUUAAAAGCGUGCAAAAUGCGAUAGUGGGAAGAGGAAAAAAGACUUGUGAACAAUGUACGCAGGAUGAACAAAAGGUUAUCAGGAUCUGCUCUGGACAAACACAGAGGACAAGAUGCUGCAAAUUAGAGCAUCAGAUAUUUAGGGGAAAGUAUUCACCACUAGCAAGAAUGUUACAGAAAUAUCAGCCUGUGACCUGGGGAAUCAGAUGGAGUGGCAGCUUAGUGACUUUCUGAAUCAUAUUUAAACAUAUAUAAUCAAAUGUAAAGUGGUCAGAAGACACUGUGAAUGGAUUUGGUCUACAGUAUUUGAGUAUGAAGUGACUAGAAGUGGAUACAGUGGGACACAAAAGCUGAGCAGAAUGAAAUGCCAUUGUCUGUGUUGCUUAUAUUUAGUGGUUUAAUGUAUCCAAGUAGAACUUUAGAAGCAAUUCAUGUGUAAUGGAUUUUGGUACAAACCACUAUACACAUAUUAAGGGUGUAACGGUAAACAUAUUUGUACCGUAAAUCUUUGGUACAGUUUGGUACGCACAAGCACUAAACAAAUGCUGUUUUAUCCAAAGCAUGAGCAGUACUUAAAGGUGCAUUAAGCAAUUUGAGAACCUUUUUGACCACAGUCAGCGUGUCUAGGAAUGAUAAUGGCGAUAUCAAAAUAGUGGACGUGCAACUUUAAUUUGAAACCUUUAUAUUUAUAUAGUUUUUUUACAAAUCAAUAUCAUCUGUUCAGUCUUAAGUUCGAGAACCAUUUUUUGUGUACCGUUACACUCCUGAUAUUGUUCCUCGCAAUCCUAAAAAGUCAUUGUAAAAACUCAUUGAAAGAAAUAUCUUUUUAUUUUUGUAUGCUUUGUGUGAGAAAUUGCUUUUUUACUGCAAGAUUUCAAAAGCAGCUGCUACAAAUCUUUACAUGAUAUAUGUACACUACCUGACAAAAGUCCUGUCGUCUGUCCCAGUUGUAAGAGCAACAAAUAAUAACUUGACUUCUAGUUGAUCAUUUGGUAAGUGGCAGAAGGUAGAUUUCUGAUGAAUCAUCUGUUGAACUGCAUCCCAAUCAUCACAAAUACUGCAGAAGACCUAUUGGAACCUGCGUGGACCCAAGAUUCUCAGAGAAAUCAGUCAAGUUUGGUGAAGGAAAAAUCAUGGUUUGGGGUUACAUUCAGUAUGGGGACAUACAAGAGAUCUGCAGAGUGGAUGGCUACAUCAACAGUCUGAGGUAUCAAGACAUUUGUGUUGCUCAUUACAUUACAAACCACAGGAGAGGGCAAAUUCUUCAGCAUGAUAGCGCUCCUCAUACUUCAGCCUCCACAUCAAAGUUCCUGUAAGCAAAGAAGGUUAAGGUGCUCCAGGAUUGGCCAGCCCAGUCAUCACACAUGAACAUUAUUGAGCAUGCCUGGGGUAAGAUGGAGGAGGAGGCAUUGAAGAUGAAUCUAAAGAAUCUUGAUGAACUCUGGGAGGCCUGCAAGAAGGCUUUCUUUGCAAUUCCAGAUGAAGUUAUUAAUGAGUUAUUUGAGUCAUUGCAGAGAUGUUCAUGGGAGUAAAACACAAUAUUAAUUCUUUUUCCACUGCACCAUGACUUUAUAUUCUAUACUGUAAAUUAUUUCUGUUAGGUGACAAGACUUUUCUCAGCAAAGUCAGACCUUACUGUCCUAAUUAAAUAAUUAAAAGCAAAGUCAUGAUCAUAUUUAAUUUUGGUAAAAUAAGCGUAAUCUAUAGUUAUUAUCUGUUGUACCUAAAACUUGGAUAGGCGACACCAUUUUUGUCAGGUAGUGUACACACUAAUCCCACCUAUUUCAGUUUCACUCACAUGUUUGCCACACUUUUAGCGCUACCUCUGAUUUCUGCUAGAUUUUUGUGCUCAAACUAACGUACGUUUUUCGCAUUUUCUCAAUCAGGGGACCAUUUAAAUGCUUCACAGUAACUUAUUUGUACAGAAAAAUAUAAUAAACAUAAAUAUAAUAAAGAUGUGUCGAAAGAUUAGGGAAAAAUUGACUAAUACACUGCAACUGAAGCGCCUUAUAAAAGUAUUAUACACAUAUAUACAUGUAUGUUUGUAAUGCACAGAUUCCAGAGGUACUUGAUUAGUGCAAUUAGAGAAAUUCAGUAGUAUCUGUGGUAGAUUAGGAGGUGUUCACACUCACAUUUGUGCUUGCUAAUCUUACACAUGCAAAAUAUGAUUAGAAAUACGCAAUUUAAGUAUAAAUUGAUGCUUGAAGUCCAACAUUUGCUCUUUAAAAACUUUCAGUCCACACAGCUUGAGAAUAAAGAGAGAAAAUCCCAUUUUAGGUACAUUCAAAACUAUCACAUGGCAAUUCGUAGCUUUUUAAUUUAGUGGGUAAUUCAUAUGAAUUUGUACAAUCUCAUUUGUUCAGUAGUGUGUAUGAUUUAGUAUUAGUAUGAUUUGCUCAUCCCCCAGUGUUAGUUGGGUUUAGGGGUGGGUUUUGUGCCACACCUCCUUUUAAAAAUAGUACAUUUUCCUAUGACUGAACUUGUAUUAAUUCAUACAAAUUAGCCUGACAAAACAUAAAAUAUUUAUGUUUCCUUGUGAGAUUAAGCUGGUACAUUAUAGUAAUUCUGAUAAAAAAAAAUAAUUGAAAAGAGAAAUACAUUAUUGAUUUAUCCAUAGAGCAGAAUUAGUAUUAAAUCCUAUAAUGUCCAUGAACAAUUAGUGAUUAGGAAAUCAGAUGUACUCUAUAUUUACUCAGUACAUCAUUGACCUUGAUAGCCAAAACUACUAACCAUUAGAUAGUGAUCAAAUACUGGAUAAAUUUGAUGAGAACUAACUGCUAGUGAAAAUUUUGAAGAGAACCAACUGCUAGUGACUUCUUUGUUAUACUCAGUGCAUAAUGACGAAUAAUCAUGAAAUCACAUAUUUGAUACACAGUAUAGAAAAUAUGAUGGCAGUGUAUAAUAAAUUGUUUUUUAUAUUAAUUUA